CGGGGGAUCCGAACCCUCGUGGUUUAAAUACCAUAGGGAUGGGAUGGGAGGAAGCGUCUUCCCCUCCCUGUUCUUCCCCACGGCCGCCGGCGCCCAGAGCUUCGACCUAUCCAGGAGUCAUCCUCAGAACCCGCCACCUGUUCGACGAAAUGCACAAGAAGGCUGUUGACACAGGCAUGGAUCCUUUCCGCGUCCUCUCCGACGAUGUGCUCGAGCACAUCCUUUCCCUUAUGCCGGGGGAUGAAGCCCUACAAACUUGCGUGCUCAGUACCCAGUGGCGUGACCUCUGGAGGCGCAAAACAAACUUGCGCUUCAUCUUCGAGAACUGGUCAAGUUUUAGUCGCGAGCGUUUCAAUAAAUUGGCGAAGCUGAUAAUCCAUCUUAGGGGGGACGCAUCUCUGACCAACUGCCAGAUCAAUCCCUACAGUGAUGAGGACUAUAUCAAUUUCACAGAAGCCAAGCCGUUGGUCGAGUACGCUCUAAAGUGCCGGGUUGAGAAGCUCUCGAUUUGUGCUAGUGAUAUUUUAUAUGAACCAUUACUAGUCGAUGAUUCACCUCUCAUCUCCCGCCACUUGAGGACCAUAGAAUUUAGAUUCCUUGACCUCGUAGAUUCCUCAGUAGAUUUCUCGGGCUGCCCAGUAUUAGAAGAGCUAACAAUAGAAAGAUGCUACGUCGACGCAGAGAAGAUAUGUUCUAAUUCACUAAAGCAUCUGCGGUUAGUUGGGAAUUGUACCUUCUCCGAGGAUAUCCACAUUCCUAUUGCUGCCCCGCGCCUUAUCUCACUGGAAUUAGGUAGUUUUCAGUGCUUGAGUCCUUUCCUUGAAGAGAUGCCAUUACUGGAAAAAGCAUCUAUUUUGCUUGGCAAUGGGUGUUACAAUGUGUGUCAUAGUGACCGUAAAUGUGGUGGAUGUUCUCACAAGAAGUGUCUGCUUCUCAACGGAUUAUCCAAUGCUGUUGAUUUGAAAUUGAUUGCUGCGCCUGAAUUGCCUAUCUUCAAACGGGAUUUGGAAUGGUGCCCUGAAUUUGACAAAUUAAAGACUCUGAAACUCAAUGAUUGGUUUACGGCUACUGACCUAGUUUGCAUUCUCCAACACUCUCCAAAUCUUGAGAAGCUCACUCUUAAGAUCGAUUUCCCUGAGAACUUUGUAGGGGGAGAAGGAUCCAGGCAAUCAUUUGUGUGUCCGCCUCAUUUGGUUGUGAACAUUAAAUGUAGAAAAGUUGAUAACGGUGUUUGCAAGAUUUUGGACGUCUUGAGGACAUGUGGCAUACUUCUUGAGCAGAUUAGCAUCAAGUGUCGUGAUCGCACUUAGAUUGUUCCAUCCACUGAUUGGGACUAAGAUGUGAGCUCAGUCAUGAUGUUUGUUUGCCGAUUUAUGUUUCUCUAAAGAGUCAUCAAUAAUGGUGCCAUGUGUCGGCGGUUAGCCUGUUACCAUGAUGUUUUAGUUUUUCCUUCCCAUGUAUUGUCCCAGCUGGAAACCUAUCAUUGUGGUUUCUCUUGUGCAACUUAGCAAAACAGUCUAAACUUUGUUGAAUUGUUAAUGUGCAACUUAGCAAAA